AUGAUUGACGCCACCUUGAUAGAUAGUGAAUUACCGACACUUAUAUCGACAGAAGAUAUUACUACUCAAAGCUCAAUAUUAUCUUCUGAGAUAUAUCCUCAGAUCAACACUAAAGCUCAGUUUAUUGUGUCUGAAACGCAAACGGAUGAAUCAUCAUUCAAUUCAACUACAAAUUGCAAUAAACCUAUUGCUUUAACAGAGGGAACCACUCGAGUUAUAUCAUCAAAUUUCAAUGAACAAGUUAUUCACGUCGAUGAGCUCACCCAGACUAACACUGCCGUUGAAUUUAAUGUAUCAGAUACGCAAAUUUCAAUUGUCGUCCAUGCAAAGAUUGCUACACGGAACUCUCUAUUAUCAUGCGAACAAUGUACACAAACCAACGAAUUAUCUACAGUUAAUGAGUCUGUUACCCAAACAGAUGAAUCGACAUUAAAUGUCGUAUACACAGAGACCGGUACACAGAGUUCUGUGUUAUCAAGCGAACAAUGUACACAAACCAACGAAUUAUCUAUAGUUAAUGAGUCUGUUACCCAAACAGAUGAAUCGACAUUAAAUGUCGUAUACACAGAGACCGGUACACAGAGUUCUGUGUUAUCAAGCGAACAAUGUACACAGAUCAACUCUAUUGCCGAGGGAAUCGAGUGCAUCACCCAAACAGAUGAAUCGACAUUAAAUGUCGUAUACACAGAGACCGGUACACAGAGUUCUGUGUUAUUAAGCGAACAAUGUACACAGAUCAACUCUAUUGCCGAGGGAAUCGAGUGCGUCACCCAAACAGAUGAAUCGACAUUAAAUGUCGUAUACACAGAGACUGGUACACAGAGUUCUAUGUUAUCAUGCGAACAAUGUACACAAACCAACGAAUUAUCUACAGUUAAUGAGUCUGUUACCCAAACAGAUGAAUCGACAUUAAAUGUCGUAUACACAGAGACUGGUACACAGAGUUCUAUGUUAUCAAGCGAACAAUGUACACAAACCAACGAAUUAUCUACAGUUAAUGAGUCUGUUACCCAAACAGAUGAAUCGACAUUAAAUGUCGUAUACACAGAGACCGGUACACAGAGUUCUGUGUUAUCAAGCGAACAAUGUACACAGAUCAACUCCAUUGCCGAGGGAAUCGAGAGCGUCACCCAAACAGAUGUAUCUUCAUUAAAUGUCGUAUACACAGAGACCGGUACACAGAGUUCUGUGUUAUCAAGCGAACAAUGUACACAGAUCAACUCCAUUGCCGAGGGAAUCGAGUGCAUCACCCAAACAGAUGAAUCGACAUUAAAUGUCGUAUACACAGAGACCGGUACACAGAGUUCUGUGUUAUCAAGCGAACAAUGUACACAGCUCAACUCCAUUGCAGAAAUAAUUGAGUCUGUUACGCAAAUGAAUGAAUUACCUUUGGAUUUAACUGUAAAUUACAAGUCUACAGGGACUCAGUGUUCUUUAUUGUCAUCUGUUAAAAGUUCUCUUUUGGAAACUGUAGAUGUCCUUGAAAAAAGCGAAGUGCAAACUUGUUACAAUAAUCAGGUUUAUAGACCAAAAAUUUAUAGUCUGCGGUGGGAUUUACCUGAACGAAAGCUAAUAAUUAAUCUAGUCUAUGCUUUCAAAGUGCUUCGUUUUUCAAAAGAUUAUUUUUAUAUGGCAAAUGUUAAUGAUGAGCAUGAAAUGAGUAUUUUAAAAAAUAAAAUGAAUCUGUUUUACACUCUAAAUGAUACAGAUAUACAGUUCUAUAAACCACAAUAUGAUGAGCUUUGUGCCAUUACAUACGGUAACGGUAAAUGGUUUAGGGGUAUUUGUGACCUGGUCGAAAAUGAAGUCGAUGUGGAUGAUGUUUAUAAUGUUUAUUUACUUGAUUUAGGGAAACAUGUAAAAGUAAAAUCUGGUAACAUCCGUAAAUUACAGCCGGCCUUUAUGAAAUAUGCACCCCUGGCAAUUAAAUUUUUUUUAUUAAGUGCGAUGACCUAUUAUAAUUUAACUUAAAAAAAAAUUUAAAAUUUUGUAAUUUUUUAGGUUUCAAGUUCAAUGUUGAGAGACAGAAUACUU